AUGCCGAAAGAGAAGGAAUGUGUUGCUGACAUGACAUUGAAUUUGGUUCAACCGAAAAAUAUACUUGCAACAUUGAAACAAAAAAGAUCCAAAAAUAUAUCAAAUAUCAAGCAAGUGUAUAAUAUUCGAUACCAAACUAACAAGGAGCUUAGGAGGGAUAGAACUGAAAUGCAACAACUCUUGAAACUGUUUAAUGAUAAUAGUUAUGUGUCUAGGUUUCGAACGGGCGAGGAUGAAGUUACUGUUAGAGAUAUAUUUUGGAAUCAUCGUGAUUCCAUAAAGUUGUUCAACAUGUUUCCUGUCGUGGUCAUACUUGAUUCAACCAACAAGACUAACAAAUAUAGACUUCCAUUAUUAGAGAUGAUUGAUGUUACCUCAUCUGAGAAGACAUGUUCAGUUGGGUUUGCAUUUCUUGAGUUUGAAAAAGAGGACAAUUUUACUUAG